CUCGUCCGUGACGUGUCCAAUCAGAGUCGAUCGUGACAGCUCGAAGUUGGCGAGAGCGAGCGUGAGAUAUCCAUGCAUAUAUUCAACGCGAACGGACAAGAUCGGCAAAUCCGCGAAAUCGUGUAGCAACAGCGAAUGAGAGAACGCGAGGGGGCGAGAGGGGCGAGGUGCGCGGGGCAGCGUGGUCGGUAGAAGUUGGACCCGUAGGUGUAUCGUGACGCGAGGAUCUCGUCGGCGUUCUCCGGAAAAGGGACAAAGGCGGUGAUCUCCGAACGGACACGAAGACGAAGUCGCGGGGCUGCGAAGAGGUGGAGCGAAGGAGGGGAGUGGUGGGGCGACGGCGGCGGCAGAGUGAGGUUGGUCGGUGCGCGUACGUCCGUGGUUGAUAUACGUUCUCGUGCUGAUUGGUAUCGUCGUCGCCCGUCGGUACCGAGGUACAGUUCCAGCGUUCCCGAGGUUCGGAGAGCCGUGUGCGUGUGUGUGUGUGUGUGUGUGCUCGUGCACGCGCGCGCGCGUGGUGGCAAGCGCGGUCGGAAAGAGAGAAAGGAGUAGAGAGAGAGAAAGAGAAAGGUGGAAGGGUGAGAACGAAAGAGAGGAAAAGAGUGAGCAUAAUCAGGGGAAACAAUCGACGGCACAUAAUCCGUCACUGUCUCCGUGACUGUCCGUGAAGUCCUCCGAUGUCUAGUGCUGAGGUGGUGGAGAGCUCCGUUGAUCCCCCAGCCAAGAAGCGACGCGUUGGUGCUGCCAGCACGACGGGAGGAGCCGACGACGAGCCGACAAACGUGGCGCAGGUAGACAUAGACAUGGCGAAAAACGGAUCUACGAGCUCCGGCGGCAGCGGCAACGGUGGUAACGGCAGCGGCGGCGGCGCCGGAGGCUCCGCAUCCUCGAGCGGCAGCGGCCGAUCGCCAACCGAGAUCGACGAGGGUCUCUACUCGCGGCAGCUCUACGUCCUCGGCCACGACGCCAUGCGUCGCAUGGCGUCCUCGGACGUGCUAAUCUCCGGCCUCGGUGGUCUCGGCGUCGAGAUCGCCAAGAACGUCAUCCUCGGCGGCGUCAAGUCCGUCACGUUGCACGAUCGCGAAUCCAUGUGCAGUCUCCGGGAACUUGGCUCGCAGUUCUAUCUCACCGAGAACGAUUUAGGUAAAAAUCGCGCGGCCGCAUGCUGCCAGCGCCUGUCGGAGCUCAACAACUACGUGCCUACCCGUCAUUAUUCCGGUGACUUGACCGAGGCGUACCUCCAGCAGUUUAAGGUCGUGGUGCUGACGGAAACGUCGCUGGCCGAACAACUGCGCAUCUCACGGAUCACCCGCGCCAACGGUAUCGCCCUCAUAAUCGCCGACACUCGUGGCCUCUUCUCCCAGGUAUUCUGUGACUUCGGCGACACUUUCACGGUGGUGGACAUGAAUGGCGAGCCGCCGGUGAGCGCGAUGGUCGCUAGCAUUUCCCGCGACAACGAGGGCGUCGUCACUUGUCUAGAUGACACUCGCCAUGGUAUGGAGGACGGUGAUUACGUGACAUUUUCCGAGGUGCAGGGUAUGAUCGAACUGAACGGUUGUGAGCCGAUCAAGAUCAAGGUGCUGGGACCGUACACGUUCAGUAUCGGUGACACUUCCAGGUUCUCCGAGUAUUCACGUGGCGGUAUAGUGACCCAAGUUAAGAUGCCGAAAACUUUAUCCUUCGCGCCGCUGGACGUGGCCCUGAAGAAACCCGAGUUCCUCGUCACGGACUUUGGUAAAUUUGAUUAUCCGGAACAACUGCAUCUGGCCUUUUUAGCGCUACAUCAGUACAAGGAUAAUAAAUGUGCGUUGCCGCGAUCAUGGAAUCAGGCAGAUGCCGACGAGUUUAUCACCAUCGCUGAGAAGGUCAAGGAUAAAUACGGUUUCGAUACCGAGAUCAAUGGUGAACUGCUGCGCACAUUCGCCAAGGUAUCCGCCGGCAAUCUAAACCCCAUGAACGCCACAAUCGGCGGUAUCGUCGCUCAGGAAGUGAUGAAAGCUUGCUCCGGCAAGUUCCAUCCCAUAUAUCAAUGGCUGUAUUUUGACGCCAUCGAAUGUCUGCCCGUCGAUUGUUCGGAACUCACCGAGAAGGAGUGUGCUCCUGUCGGAUCCCGCUAUGACUCUCAGGUGGCUGUUUUUGGCAAAAAAUUCCAGCUCAAACUCGGAAAUUUGAAAUACUUUGUAGUAGGUGCCGGUGCGAUCGGUUGCGAGUUACUGAAAAAUUUUGCAAUGAUCGGCGUGGGUGCGGAAAAUGGUUGCGUUACGGUGACUGAUAUGGAUCUGAUUGAAAAGUCCAAUUUGAAUCGACAAUUUCUGUUCAGACCGUCGGAUGUGCAACAAUCCAAGUCAUCGACUGCGGCCAGAGUCAUCAAAGGCAUGAAUCCGUAUAUGAAUGUGGUCGCGCAUGAGAAUCGGGUAUGUCCGGAAACGGAAAAGAUCUAUAACGAUGAUUUCUUCGAAGUGUUGGACGGCGUGGCGAACGCGCUCGACAAUGUAAAUGCACGCAUCUACAUGGAUCGUCGUUGUGUGUACUAUCGUAAACCUCUACUAGAAUCCGGCACCCUCGGCACUAAGGGCAACACCCAAGUAGUAGUGCCAUUCUUGACCGAAUCGUAUAGCUCGUCACAGGAUCCACCGGAGAAGAGCAUUCCGAUCUGUACACUCAAGAAUUUUCCCAACGCCAUCGAGCACACCUUGCAGUGGGCUCGCGACAGUUUCGAGGGACUGUUUCGUCAAUCCGCGGAGAACGCGGCACAGUACAUCUCCGAUCCACAAUUCAUCGAUCGGACGCUCAAGCUGCCCGGUGUGCAGCCUCUUGAAGUAUUGGAAUCUGUUAAAACGGCCUUAGUCGACGAGAGACCGAGCACCUUUGCCGAUUGCGUGGCUUGGGCUCGUUGUCAUUGGCAAGAGCAGUAUAGCAAUCAAAUCCGUCAACUGCUGUACAACUUCCCGCCGGAUCAGGUGACCUCGAGCGGUCAACCAUUUUGGUCCGGCCCGAAACGUUGCCCGGACCCAUUGACGUUUGAUGUUAAUGAUCCCCUACACAUGGACUAUAUCAUGGCUGCCGCCAAUCUCAAAGCCAAAGUUUACGGAAUACCUACAAAUCGCGAUAGAGAUAUUGCCGAAAUUCUCGCAAUUGUCAAAGUACCGGAAUUUACGCCCAAGUCCGGCGUGAAGAUCGCUGAAACGGAUUCACAGGUGCAAGUGUCAAACGGCAGCGGUAACAUCGAUCACGAGCGACUGACGCAGUUGCAAGAAGAGUUGCCAAAGAUGGAGGAAUUAAACGGCUUAGCAAUAUAUCCACAGGAUUUCGAGAAGGACGACGACACCAAUUUCCAUAUAGACUUCAUCGUUGCAGCGUCAAAUCUGCGCGCUGCCAACUACAAAAUCUCACCGGCCGAUCGGCAUAAGAGCAAACUGAUUGCCGGCAAGAUUAUCCCGGCGAUUGCCACCACUACUUCAGUAGUGGCCGGUCUCGUCUGUCUAGAGCUGUACAAGCUGACGCGCGGUGUUCGUGAUUUAUCACUGUACAAGAAUGGCUUCGUGAACCUGGCGCUACCGUUCUUCGGUUUCAGCGAGCCAAUCGCUGCCCCUAAGCUCAAGUACUAUGACAUCGAGUGGACGUUAUGGGACCGCUUCGAAGUGAAGGGCGAACUGACGCUCAAGGAGUUCCUCGACUACUUCAAGGAACGUCACAAUCUCGAGGUGACUAUGUUGUCGCAAGGUAUCUGCAUGCUGUAUUCAUUCUUCAUGGCAAAACCCAAGUGUCAGGAGCGCAUGGGACUGCUCAUGUCGGAAGUGGUCAAGAAAGUGUCGAAGAAAAAGCUGGAGCCGCAUGUGCGCGCACUCGUGUUUGAGUUAUGUUGCAACGACGAGGACGGGAACGACGUCGAGGUGCCGUACGUGCGCUAUACUCUACCCUGACUCGCCCGCGCAACCUCCGAUCGCGCCAGAUGAUGUCUACUUAACUAAGACACUUUUAGCCGGCGUACAUCUAGUGAUUUCUACAAAUUUCUAUUUUACGACGAUGUAAUACACAGAGGAGACGUUACCGCUGCCGAUCCUCGUCUAUGAACAUCUGUAUGAGGCACUCUCUUUCUUUCUGUAUUUUUCUUUUGUAUGUUCAUUUCUUUUUCUUCGUUCUGUCGCAUCCGACAGAACGUUUCUACCGCCAGCACUUAGUAGUAGUAAUUUCAAGUAGCAAAUGCGCCUGCAAAGUCGAAUUUUUUGAUUUGGUUAGCGAAUAAGAUUAGAUAGAGUGAGCUUUGUCUCCAGGUUUUCUUGAUCAGUCAUUACUAACGUGCUGAAUUAUAGUAUCAAAGGUAAAAAAUCAAACAAAUUGCUUUCAUUCAUAUAUUCUUUCGAAAUAAACAUUGGGACAAGUGCCUAUUCCUAUAUUUUCCUAUAAAACAUUUUAUUUCUGUGGGAUAUCCUUUUUUUUAAUCUGUGAAAAACAUAGAGAAAAUAAUUAAAAAGUUAAUUUUUUUUUCAAUUGAUUUUUUUUUUUAUUACGAAUUACUAAUUUUGUAAACUUAUAUAAAUCGACAAAUAAAUUAUUACCAAAUUUAAGAUAGAUUAUAAAGAAAACUGUAUUGCAAAUUUUUUACUUAUCUUGAUAUUUGCAAAAAUAAAAUCACGCUCGAUUUCUCAUUUCUGAUAUGAUAACCUAGUACAUAUAAUUGCAAUGACUAAUCUGUGGAACCUCCCGAUUCAGUUUCCUAGUUAGUUUUUAAAUUUUGUCUUCUCUUUGCUGUAUAUUUUAUUUCAAUCAGUUUGCUCACAAUACGCUAUAAAGCGUCGCGAUCGAAUACAGAAAAGAAGAAGAAAAAGAAUAAGUGAAGUCGCGUAUGAUAACCCAAAUUUCUACAAGAAAAAAAAUACAGUUCGAUUUGCGUAGAAAAUCUUUAACGAAGCGAUUACUCUUUUCUAGUUAAUUAUUACAUACAGACAUAUAUACACAUACAAAUACACAUGUUAUAUUGUAUAGAAUCGGGUGUAAAUUAAACUAUAGGUAAAACGAAUAUUCGAGAAUCUUUAGACCGUUAUAUAUUAUUAGCUCAGUCUUUAAACGUAAUUUCAUAGAGAGAUGUGUGAAUAAUCAGUAUCGAGUUUUUAAUUGACGCGGUAUGCGCGCGAUCUUGCCUCUUACUCUUCUCUUUGUAUUUCUUGCAAACAAUUUGCUAUUUCAAUAGCAAGGGAACAAUUACUUGACACCUUUCUUUUCUCUAAUUCUUUUUUAAUUUUCUCGCUAAUCCGAGAUUCAAUACACGCGUGCAGUAAGAGUUUAUAUAAUUGAUAUAAUUACGUUCAUUUAAUUUAUCUGCUUUGCAAUGUCUUUCUCGAAUAAUAAUAAUAAUAAUAGUAAUAAUAAUAUAAUAAUAAUGGAUAAACUAUUGGCUAAGGCUGGUUGUUGUUACGACGGAUACACUGCAUUUAAAUUUAUAAAAAGAUGUCUUUGAAGGAAAGAGAAGC